AGAGGGUGUGGGACAACCUGACUGAGCACCAGGACUCCUCUGCAAAACCUGGACCCCAGCUCUGAGACAAUAUGACUGACAGAAAUGUUAAAAUAAGUGGGGGGGCAGUUAGAUAUGGAGCCACUUAUGGAGGCAACCGUCUGUUCUCAGGAGGCAAAGGAGGCGCAGGUUCUAACAUAGUUCUGUCCCGUUCACUUGGCCUGGCAAGGGGCACUGGAGCCAUCAGUGGAGGUCAUGGUUUGGGGCUUGGAUAUGGAAGUCUAGGUCUGGGGUUUGGUGCUGGUGCAGGUGCUGGUGCAGGUGCUGGUGGAGCAGGCUUCGGCCUGGGUGGAGCAGGUUUUGGCCUGGGUGGAGCAGGUUUCGGCCUGGGUGGAGGCACACUUGCCCUAGGUGGUGGUUUGGGAUUGGGAGCUGUAGGUGCCAGAAUCAGCAGCUUCAGGGCCGGUGUGGCUCCUCUAAGAGCUCGUCUGGGUGGCCGUGUCUUCAAAAUUGGAAGUUACGGUUUUAAUCCUUCUUUUUUGAGUGCCAGCACCACAGUGGAUGCAGGUGUCAGUCCAGUGCCCACCAUUGACCCCACACUCCCAUCCAUGGACACCGUGCAGGUUACACGCUUGAAGGAGAAAGAAGAGCUGCAAACCCUCAACGACAAAUUUGCAUCCUUCAUUGAUAAGGCUCGGUCACUGGAGCAGCACAAUGCUAUACUCAAAGCCAAGAUUGCCAUGUUCACCAAUCCUGAGCAGGGCGGUCCUGCCAACACCACCAUCCUGCUCACAUCAGCUAUAGGAAACUACAAAUUACAGAUUGAUGCCCUUACUGCCAAUAAAGAGGCCAUCAUUGCUGAAAUAGAACACUAUAAAGGCAUCAUCGCUGACGUUCAAGCCAGAUAUGAAGAGGAAGUGGCUCAGACCAAAUCUCUGGAGCCGGAGUGGAGCACUCUAAAAGAGGAAGUGGACAACCUUUACCUUACCAUUUUUGAGCUGCAAGCUGGCAUUACUGGUCUGGAAGAUCAGAUUGCUUUGUCCAAGCAAGUGUAUGAUACUAAAGUUAAAGAGGUCAGGAAUAUUGUGACCGGCAGCGUGAAGUCAGCUGUCUCCAUCUCUGUGGAUAACACAGCACAGGCGCAAGACCUGACCUCUGCCCUUGCUGAGGUUAAAGCUCACUAUGAAGCUCUGGCACAUCGCAGCAAACAGGAUGCACUUCUCUCCGUGCAGGACAGUCUCUCCAUGAUGACUGUUUCGUCUCAGCCCAGUAUUCAGUCCCUCACUACAGCUAAAGAGGAGCUGCGAGUCUACAAACUACAGAUUGACUCCGUGCAGAGGGAAAUUGACCGACUCAAAUCACUGAACGCCCAGCUGGAAUCUCAGGUGGACGAUGCUGAAUCCCACUCCAACUCACACACAGAGACCUACCAGGAGCAAGUGGACGUGCUCAAGUCCCAGCUGGAUGACCUCAGAAAGCAAAUUACACAUUACGGACAAGAAUACCAGGAACUUCUGGCCAGCAAAAUGUCUCUGGAUGUCGAAAUCACAGCUUAUAAAAAACUCCUGGACAGUGAGGAGAACAGGCUGAAGUCUGGGGGCGGUGUCACGGUGCACAUGUCUAAGACAGCAGUAGGAAGAGCAGCAGGAGGUGCAGGAGGAGGUGCUGGAGCUGCUAUGGCUCUUGCUGCAGGAGGAGGUGGAGGAGGAGGCGGCACUAGUCUUUCCCUCGGAGGUGGAUAUGGCUAUGGUCUGGGUCUGGGUGUAGGUGGCUUGGGAGGUGGCCUUGGAGGUGGUUUUGGAGGUGGUCUUGGAAGUAGUUUUGGAGGUGGCCUUGGAGGUGGUUUUGGAGUGGGAUUAGGAGGAGGAGGAGGAGGAGGAGCCGGUGGGAGUAGCUAUGUAUCCUCCAGCUUGAGCAGCAGUGCUCUCUCAACCAGUGUUUACUGAAGAAACUGAAUCAUCCAGCCUCUUGAAAACACUGAGUGGCAAAAACAACAGCAUUGGUCCAAAUAUUGCCUCCUGAAUUACUCUUUAUUUUUCUUCCUUAAAGCUAUACUGUCUCCCAUCUCCACAAACACUUCAAGAUCCUACAGCUCGAUGAUAUUGGCUUGUUUUAUUUUUACGUAUUCAAUAAAACACUUCCUACUUUUAAAAUUCAUACUGCGGUAAGAGACCCAAAUAAAACAGUGUUCAAUUAA